AUGACAACAUCUUCAAUGUCAUUUUAUACAUAUCUAACUGGUCAGAUUACGAUAUAUACUGGUUUUACUAUUCUUAUAUUUGGUGUAAUUGGUAGUCUGCUAAAUUUGAUAGUAUUUUUAAGUCUUCAAACAUUUCGAAAGAGUUCAUGUGCAUUCUAUUUAAUCUUUAUGUCAUUGGCUAACCUUCUUCAUUUACUUAUGUGGCUACCUGGUCAUAUUAUAAUUUAUGGAUUUGAAAAUGAUUGGUCAGCAACUUCAGCAUUCUUAUGUAAAAGUAGAUUUUAUUUUUUUCAACUAUGGAUCUUAAUAUCAUUUACAUCGAUAUGUCUUGCAAUGAUUGAUCAAUUUCUAAGCACUUCUUCUAAUCCUUUAUUAAAUCGAUGUUGUAACAUCAAAUUAGCUCGAAAUGUUAUCAUAGGAUCGAUUAUAGUUUGGUUUUUUCAUGGAAUUCCAUUUGCACUCUAUAUGGAUAUAAUUCCAUUGUCAUUCAACUCAAACCUAUUUAUUUGUGUAAAUACCAAUACAAUAUUUAGUAUUUAUUUCAGUUUUGGUUUUAUAUUGUUACUGAUGGGUAUUUUACCGUUAACUGUAAUGAUUAUCUUUGGUUUAUUAACAUAUUAUAAUGUUAAAACUUUAGCUUAUCGAACAGUUCCAUUAGUUCGACGUGAAUUAGAUAAACAACUAACACAAAUGGUUCUUGUUCAAGUUAUUUUCAAUUCUAUUAUUUUAUCACCUUAUAUCAUGGUAUUUAUUGCACAGUUUGAUUUACCUUCAAACGAUUUCACACAAUUUCUUUUCUUGUCCAGUGUUAAUUUACACACAUUUUAUUUUGCGAGUCCAUUUUACAUCUAUAUGUGUGUAUCAAAACGAUUUCGUCAACAAUUUAAAUAUGUAUUUUAUAAAAUCCAUUUCAAUCGAUGGAGACAGUUAACUUAA